AAUACGUAUCCUUCGCUUUUCUGUGUGUGAAGAGCUUUGAUGGAAGAGUGAGGUCAAAGGGGGGUCACUUCGCCCCGGAGCCAGCAGGGGGAAGAGAGGAGCAACUGUAGGCGGGCGCUGCGGCCUAGUGGCCUCGGCCCUCGCCCAUCCAACCGGCCGGUGCCGGCGAGAGACCGCGGGCUCGGAUCCGGCCGCCUCGCCCUCUUGCAAUAUGUUCAAGAGAAUGGCGGAGUUCGGGCCUGACUCCGGGGGGAGAGUGAAGGGUGUCACAAUAGUUAAGCCAAUCGUCUUUGGAAAUGUUGCUCGUUAUUUUGGAAAGAAGCGAGAGGAGGAUGGACAUACUCAUCAGUGGACGGUGUAUGUUAAACCUUACAGAAAUGAAGACAUGUCAGCAUAUGUGAAGAAAAUACAAUUCAAGCUGCAUGAAAGUUAUGGUAACCCUCUGAGAGUUGUCACCAAGCCUCCAUAUGAAAUCACAGAAACUGGAUGGGGUGAAUUUGAAAUUAUAAUCAAAAUUUUCUUCAUUGAUCCAAAUGAAAGACCGGUAACACUGUAUCACUUGCUGAAGCUGUUUCAGUCUGAUAGUAAUGUAAUGUUGGGCAAAAAGACAGUGGUCUCUGAAUUUUAUGAUGAAAUGAUCUUCCAAGAUCCCACAGCAAUGAUGCAACAACUGUUGACAACGUCUCGGCAGUUGACACUUGGAGCAUACAAACAUGAAACUGAGUUUGCAGAACUUGAAGUUAAGACCAGGGAAAAGCUAGAAGCUGCCAAAAAGAAGACCAGCUUUGAAAUUGCAGAGUUUAAAGAAAGAUUAAAAGCAAGUCGAGAAGCAAUUAACUAUUUAAAGAGUGAAAUAAAAAAGAUUGAAGAUGAUGAUCAAGGAAAGGAAAGCUGAGUAAUGUUCAACAAAGUAACUGGAAAUCUUUAAGAACUUAACUGACUUGCUGAGAGCAGUAUUGUUCUUUACGUAAACCACAUUUACAUUGCUUCCUCUGUGACUGAACUUACCUCGAAAGCCACAGCUCAUGAAUUUUAAAAUUUGAAACAAACAUACUUAUAUCCAACUUUAGAACACAGCAAGCUUCUUUGUUUUCUAAACAGAAUUGUAUAAAAUAUAACAACAUGAAAAAGGUGAAGGAAAUGGUAUGCUUCUGUUUUUUAUGUGGAAUUAAUUUGUGCAUUUUUAUGUUUUUAAGUAUUUGUUACAGUUGCUUUUAAAGCUUGUAUCUCAAUAAAUCAUUUUUUU